GUUUACGUUUUGCAUCGUCAAGUAACGAAAUUAAUUUUUUUCAUUUUUUCUUCAUUUUUCUGCUAAAAAUCAAUUUAAUUCGUCAUGUCUGAGCGAAAAGUAUUGAAUAAAUACUAUCCGCCGGAUUUCGAUCCAUCUAAAAUCCCGCGAGCGAAAUUGCCGAAAAAUCGUCAGUACACGGUUCGUUUGAUGGCUCCGUUCAACAUGCGAUGCGUUACUUGCGGCGAAUACAUCUACAAAGGUAAGAAAUUCAAUGCGCGCAAAGAAGACGUCGAAAACGAAACUUACCUCGGCAUCCGAAUUUAUCGCUUUUACAUCAAAUGUACGCGUUGCCUGCAAGAAAUCAGCUUCAAAACGGACCCGCAGAACACGGAUUACGAAAUUGAGGCAGGAGCAACGCGAAAUUUCAUGGCCUUGAAGCUGGCGUUGGAACAGGAAGAACGUCAGGAUCGCGAAUUGCGCGAAGAAGAGGCAAAUAAUCCGAUGAAAUUGCUGGAAAAUCGCACGGAACAGUCAAGAAACGAAAUUGAGCUGCUCGAAUCGUUGGAAGAACUGAAAUAUUUGAACAAGAGACAAGAAGAAGUCGAUUACGAUGCGAUGUUGGAUCAGUACAAGCCGAAUGAGACGGCGCAGGAACGGGAGGAACGCUUGCAGAAACAAGAUGAGGAAUACAUCAAAACGAUAAAAUUCGAAAAUAAAUCAACGACAGGAGCCCAAAAGCGAGUCGCAGAAGAGCAAAUUAUUGAAAUUUCAGCAGGAGACGUUUCAGACAACAAAAAAUCAGCACUAAAAGACGAUCUAUUAGGCAUGGCAAGCAGUAGCAAAAGUUCAGUAGUCCCUAAAAAGCCCAUGAGCAUCGGCGUUAUGACAAAAAAGACAAACUUGCAAGGAUUGGUGAAGAAAAAAGAAGUAAAACCCGAAGAAAAACCUAAAGAAACUGCUACAUCAGGAGGAUUAUCGUUACUUGGCGCGUAUUCUGACAGUGAUGAACAAUCUGACGACUAAAAAAAUAAUAAAAUUUUA